AUGCCUUCUAGUUUCUCUGGUAAUCCAGGGAGCCAACGCUAUAUAAGCCACAUCGCCCCCCGCCUCUCUCCCCCCUCCCCCCUCCCAAAGCUAAGUCCCACGCAAAUUUUGCAUAUCAUCCUCGAGGUUCCUCUGGAAGUCUGCCUACAAGUUCUUGUACACUCGCUGCCUGAUGAUCACAGCGGCAACAACGUUAAAUUCAAGAACCGCCUCUUAGAUGCCUGA